UUAUUCUCUCUUUUUUCCCAGAAAUGAAAUGCCAAUGCAGAUGUCAACGCCCAGGACUCGUACGAUGACGUAGCACAGCAACAUUUACCGAUAAUCUUCACAAAAGGGCACAAGCGACGACCAUAGCCAGCGGGCCUUUUGACCCUCUGUUAGUUCCCUUGCCUUGAGCCAAGUAGAGGUCCUCAUCGUCACCAACAACAAACGAAAACAUCUACGUCACUAGCUGAUUUUGCCCAACUUGGAGCCCAGCUGACACAUCGGAAGAUAGCUUUUGGCAAAUCUCGCUCUUUAUACUGCUUUAUAAACCAAAGAGCCCCAGUCAGCAUUUUACAGACUCCGUGUUAUAGGCGCUCGGGAAGACUAACUACACACACUGGAUUGUUUUCUGGGAGGCUCGCUGAAAACAAAUUUAGAUUUUAUAAAUUGGUUGGAUUACUGUAAUAAAUUCACAACUUACACCAACUCUAUCCACACCACGUACCCAUUUCUCGAGUGUGUUCUGGAAUGAGUCUGAUAUUUCUGCUUCUUUUCUAAUAUUCGUGUGCUAGAUCUGAUUGUGAGUGUGGAAAUUUUUCCGACACUAGAACCAGAGAAUCGCAUUACCUCCCACGCACGACAUCUUUGUGUGAGUGACUGCUCGGGAGAGCCCGAGGCCAACUUUCAGCGGUAGGAUUUAGCUUGUCAAGGCCAGAUGCGGGAAAGCACAUGAGUACUUUCUUGAGAGAAAUUCUACCCAAGCAUGCUAUCAGGCACUGUGACAACUCAAGUCACGUGGAACCCGUCAUUUAUCGCGGUCGACAUUUGGUAGAGAGGAAGAAAAAAUAAAUAAGUGAAGGAGAGUUUUCGAUAUUAAAGCAAGAAGGAAAGAAAUGAAAGCUUUCCAUCCUGUUUAAAUUGAUCUUACAGGGAUUCAGUCAUUUGCAGACGUCAUUAUAUCGAUCCAAACCGCGCAACUGUUUAUACUGCGAUAUCUCUGCCCACCCCGUCAGCCAUACGGCACCACCCCAGCCUCCCCACCUCGCGGCUUGCCCGUGCUCCAUCCCGCCUCCGCCCCCGAUACUGCUACACUGCCACCACUGCUCCUGCUGUUGCUGCUGCGGGGGACUGUCGCUGUUUGUCAGGCUGAGUCCGCGCGCCGGCGAUCAUGAAUCUAGAGAUCCCGGACGGGUUGGGGGAUCUGCUCCGCGAUUUUACGGUGGCCGUUUUGAAAGAACGACCCGGUGACCUGUACGAUUUCGCAGUGGACUACUUCACAAAAACGCGAGACGCCCGGAAACCGAAAGACGUGCCUAUGUACAUCAUAGUUGAGGAUGAUGACGAGGCGGGCGAGCCAGACAAAGCUGCGUUUAGGCCAAAGUCGACAAGUGGUCGUUACGCUCGACGUCAGUCCGUCUCUGCAGAACGGUAUAACCCCGAGGAGGACGACGAUGACGACGAUAAGAUUGUCUACCCGAAAACGGACGAGCAACGUGAGAGACUAACAAAGACCGUCAGCGGAAUUCUGCUCUUCAGAUCCCUGGAACCUGAACAGACAUCAGAAGUCAUAGACGCCAUGUUUGAGAAAAAGGUUCAACCAGGAGAGACAGUGAUCACCCAAGGUGACGACGGCGACAACUUCUACGUCAUCGAUAACGGUGUUUACGACGUCCUGGUAGACGUGAAAGGCGAAGAGAAAAAGGUGCAUCAGUUUGACAAUCGGGGAAGUUUCGGAGAACUGGCCCUAAUGUACAACAUGCCCCGGUCAGCCACGGUGCGGUCCGCUUCGGAUGGCACCUUAUGGGCCAUGGAUCGGAAUUCCUUCCGAAGGAUUGUGCUCAAAUCAGCCUUCAAGAAACGCAAGAAGUACGAAGACUUGUUGGAGAGCGUGACCAUCCUUCAGAAUCUAGAUCGCUACGAGCGCAUGACUCUAGCAGACGCCCUCGUUCCGCGCGUGUACCAGGACGGCGAGCCCAUUAUACGCCAGGGGGACGACGCGGAUGGAGUUUACUUCGUCGAGGAUGGCCACAUUCGGAUCACUAUGUCGUCUUCAGACGGCUCAGAGCAGGAUAUCGGCAUGAGAACCAACAGCACCUACUUUGGAGAACUUGCCCUCAUCGAGAACAAACCUCGUACCGCUAAUGUGUACGCUGUGGGCAGGGUCAAGGUCGCAUUCCUGGACCGGGAUUGUUUCGAAAGACUUCUAGGCCCAUGUGUUGAAAUUAUGAAGAGAAACAGCCAGCUGUAUACCAUGUUUGUGUCAAAUUAACAUAAAGCAUUAUCAACUUAGUCUGCUUAUCCAAUUGAGUAACAAAGUUCAUCGCUAUAUCAUAUUAUUUAGUUGUCAAAAGCAUUUGCUAUUUCUUUGUGGUCCCUCCGAUGCUGGCUUUGUGUAAUUAUUUCCAUGUACAUCACUCUGCUAAGAUAUUUAUGUUAAGUGUGAAGAGUGAGAAAUACUGAGAUUAAUUUAAAUCCAGGUUCAAUUUUUUGUUUUAAAAGAACAAUUGAAGACAAACGGUGCCAAUGUUUGUCUCGAUAAAAUUAUACCACUCUCUUCUUCUCAAUAUACAAUGCAACUCUGUACUGUAUCUCCAAAUGUUAUAUCUAUCUGCACUUACGGCGCACUGAAACUUCCACAGUCACUCUUCAAAUGAAUAUUUUAAACUUUUGAGGUUUGAAUGCCAAUGACCCAUAAUCUACAGGCCAGUUAUGCCAUGUAAUGCUGAAUAAAAUGACAAUACAAAGAUAACAGGAUAUAAAAGCUGGGUUUGAAAGGAUAGCAAGUUCCAAAGUGUGAAGAAGUUGUUUAGAUGCAUGAAUACUGAGAAGUGUCUAUGGUCUGGUGCUAUCAAGAGUACAUUUUAAGUCCAUGGAGAAAGUAUCUCAGCACAGAAUCUGUAAUGAAUGGACUUGCAGAAAAUUGUCAAGGAUUUUAGGCCAAUUUUGUCGAUCUGUACAACUCAGUUCAAAGUGUAAAAAUCCUGUUCUGUUAGCAAGCCUUGUUUUAAAUCAUUUAUAGAAUGUUUUUUUAAUGAGGAAAAUCCCAAAGAGCAGCUGUUGAUGGCUAUGCGUGCUUGUCUAUCUUUGUUUGCAAGCAUAACGACACCAAGUUUUAACUUAGUAGUCUCGUUACUGUUACAGUUGAAGGUCUCUUGGUGUUCAUGUGGUGCAUUAAUACUUAGAGUAAACAUUUUACUUUAUUUACCUACACAGGCCAUAGCAGAUUGGGUAGAAUAGUUAAAAGUUUGGAACGAGCAUAGUGUUCAGGACUUCUGAAUCACACACGUGAUGAUUUCCCAGAUGAUUGUAAAUUAGUGACUUCCGUUGCUGAACCUUUAAUACUUCAAAAAGUUCACAAAAUUAUACUUUUUCGUUUACUAUAUUGAUUAUUUCUAAAUAUCAGUACGAAAACAUACCCCAGAGAAUCGCUGAUACGUCGGGUUUUUUUAUUUUACUGAACAUCCUGGCCCUAUAGUUCCUUGAAGAUAAAGAAAUCAGUAAUGAGUUUUUGUCUUUUUGGAAACAUCACCCUGCUUUUGUUUCCAACUCCCCUCAUUGCGAUUUUGUGAUGCUCUACAAUAGAUAGUGCGAACGUGUUAUAUUAUGCUACCCCUCUUUUUCCUCGUUUUGAUCAGCGUAUAUACUUUUGCGCUUGCAUAAUGUAACAAAAGCUGUCAAGUGUUUUCUCUUUUUAUAAGGACAGCAAAAUAACAAGCAUGGUUAGUUCUGAUGAAAACCAAAUUCAGUUUGUACCUUUAUUUCUUCAGUUAAAACUUUUGUCCAAGAUAUGGGGCCAAUAUGAUCGGUAAAAAAGCAACAUAGAUGAAAGAAGCUCUAAGAUAAUAAAUGUGCACACCUUAGGGAACUCCCUUUACCCUUUCUCGCAUCAAACACACGCCACAGCCUCUUGUAAGCUCAGGGGACAAAAAAAGGGAUUCGAAGCUGCUUGGGGCUAGACUUUGAUAUCCUUCAAUUUAGUCCGUCAGUAGCAACAAAGUCCGCGAAAAAUAUGACCUUUCAGGAAUCUAUGUGUUCCUUUCAUUUCGAAAAUGUCUGAUUUUAAAUCAGACGAUCAUAUGUUUUACUAUUUGGAUCAAGUAUAAACGUGUCCUUGACCAUGUAUGUGAAAAUUCCGGCAGAAUACGAUCUAGAUCUCACGUUACAGACCUUAAGCUGUAGAAAGUCUCUCUAUGAAAAGAGAUCAACAAUUUCCUGUUGUUCUGACAAGGAAAUAAAUAGAGCUAAAACGCGAUAAAUUACAUUCACAUCUUAUUUUAAGCAUAUUCUUUCUUCUAUUUUGACUGUAGUAAAAACCUACGCUAUGUGUCCGUAGAAAGACCUCCAGUCCGAUUAUAAUACUACUACUUUCUCAAUUGGGCUAGCUGAAUAUAUUUGUGAUGCACUGAUGAUCCGAAAGACUAAACGGUUUUAAGUAUCCUGUAAUGUCGUUGUGCCAGUUACACAAAGCCAGUCUAAUGAAAUGACAAUACAAUCCAGCGAAUUCCCUAUACACCUAGUAAAAAUGAUACUGAAUAUGCUGUUCAUCCCCUUGAACAUGGACCUGAGAAAGAUGUAGAACCAUAAUUACAGCUGUGUUGAAUAAAUUCUGCGAUUUGCAAUGUGAUUUCAUUUUCUCCACAGAGUGAUCCUUAAAAUGAUUGUGACAGUGUUUACCUGAAUUUCACUGUGAUUUUUUAAUUAUUUUUUUUGUUGAUGAUACGUCCUGGAUGAAAGAUUCCAUUAAUGCUCAUGAUGAUCAUUGUAGAGAGAAUCAAUACUGUUGUGACGUCAAACUGACCCACAUAUUUCCCCAGGUUGUGUCAUGAUGAUAAUGUAACCAUUGACCAGUUGUUUGAAUUUUGAAUGUUUUAUUUUACUUCUAUAACUCGCACAUACGCCAUGUAUACCCGUUUCCCUACACAUAUUGUAAAAGCUGUUACAUGUAUAUGUUGCCAACCAUGAGGAUGCAAGUUUACUUUGGAAAGAAAUAGACGCUGUGUGUAUAUUUCCUCUGUGUGUGUGUGUUUGUGUUUGUGUGUGUGUGUGUGUGUGGGUGGGUGUGUGUGUAUGUAUGUGUGUGUGUGUGUGUCUUUGUGUCUGAUAAUAUAAAAAAUCUGCACAUAUAAUAAGUAAAUAGAUGAAUGUCUGCUUGUCUGCUUUUGAGUCCAUUUGCAUGUGUGAUUAGUGUGUAUGCGUUUGUUUAUUUGUAUGUAUUUGUGUGUGUAUGUAUGUGUGAAUGAAAGAUACAGAGAGCAAAAGAUAAAGAGAGAGAGAGAGGGGGGGGGAGAC